AUGUUCUCCUCGUUGUACUUCAUCGCCUUCUCCGCCUGCGCCGCCUUGGUCUCGGCCGGCACCAACGUGACGGGGUUCUAUCCCCAGAUCAAAGGGAACCUCACCAUGAUCACGUGGGAGCACGACAGCCAGCCGCCCUUCAACGACGAAUGGGUAAUGAUGCUGAGCGAGAAUAUAACAUCGAUAAAGGAUAAAUCUGGAGUUAUAACUCCCGUGCUGAACAAGAACCAAAAGGUAACUCUGGAGAAUUUGCUGGGGUCAGUAGAAUUGACCAACAUCUACUACAACGUCUCCAAAGGUCAUGGAGAAGGCGUCAAAUUGCAAUUCACCGAAGUCGAUGCAAUGAGUAGCUCUCUACCGAUCCUCCAAAAGCAUUCGAAGGCGAACUACCCAAUGGUGAUUGCGGCUGACAUUCUGGAGGGAACAAGCAAGCCCACUCUCGACAGCUCAAUGUUUUUCAAAUUAUUGGAGAACUCGAAAGAUCUGGCGGACAAAGUGAUCCUAUCGGUGGGCUGGACGAAUAACGCGAAACUCAGGGCCUACCCGGACGACGGGAUCAAAGAAAUGGGGAAGAUUUUGAAGGACAAGAAGGAUUUCAACUUCAACUUUCCGGUUAGAGCGUGCGCAGUCGCCAAGACGAAUUCCACGUUUAAACAGCUGUUGACCAACAUCACCGGUUCGACGGUGACCGUCUUCUCCAUGCCCAACGACACGGUCAACGUGGACGCGCUCAGGAGCUUCGUGCUCGACAUCGGCGUGAACAGGACCUUCCUGGACGUGCCGCAGGACCUGCGCGACAAGCUGCGCCUGGACCAGAAGGCCUCCGGCUCGUUCAGGACCGUCUCCGCGUUGGGCGUCAUCGCCUGGGCGGCCCUCCUGCUCCGGCUGUUUUGA